UCAAAGUUGUGUUGGCAGAAUAUGGUAUUUAACUUUUGUAAAUAAACAAAAAAUUCUAAUUACGAAUUAUAAUUUUUUCCUACAUUAUUAAAGAAAGAUGUCGUCUUGGCUUAACUUUAAUGAUAGCCUAAAUAAUCUCAAGGGACAAAUCACCAAUUUCGCUAAUAAUGUUUUGGCUGAAGAUGAAGGAACAGAAGCAAACACUACAGGCUAUGAGGAAUUAAGAAAGCGGUGUGUCCAACAAGAAGCUGAACUUGAAGAUCUCAGAAGGCUUAAUGAGCAACUAAAACAUGUUCAAAAAAAUGGGUCUACUAAGAGCAACCACUCGGAAGAGAAUUGGAAUUGGGACACUGGUAAUGAGCCAGUCACUAAAGAUUCUGCUUUACCAAAAUUACAAGCACAGGUAGCCGAGUUGCAAGCAGAAAAAAAUGAUUUGAUGGGACAAUUAGAACAGCUAGAUUUAGAGAAUCAACAAAACUUGGCCAAAGUCGUUGGAAUGAAGGACAAGUUGCAGGAAGAAAAUAACGAUUUACAAGACGAAAUAGACAGAUUGAAGCAAGAACACAGGUCGAGAGACGAAAAGUUAAAAUUGGAAUUAAAUGAACUUCAGGCAAGGUUUGAGAAAACGCAGAGAACUAAUAAUGCUGACGACGGAUAUAAUGAAAAAUACGAGAGUCUUCUGCAAGUUAAUCAGAAGUUAAAAAUGGAAGAGGAAGAGUUGAAAAAAGAGCUUAGUGUUCUCAAGAGUUCAAAUGCGACGCUUCAAAAAACAAUUGAGGAUUUUAAAGCGGACAAAGAAGACAACAUAAAUACAAUGCAGCAACUAGAGAUUGAAAAUAAGCAAAUGCAUGCAGAACUGCAAAAAUCCAAGGAAGAUGCGAAACGUUUCGAGAAAAAAAGUUCCGAAGAUACUGAAACUUGUGAGAGAUUGGCGUCUAUUCUGGAAGCUUACGAAAAACAAGUAGUCGCUUUAAAAGAAGAACUGCAAAAUGAGAGGGCUAGAAACGAAAAGGUGCAGUUAAGUCUCCCGAACGAAGAAGUUGCAGAAAAAUUAAGAAAAGACCUGAAAAGCUCUCAUGAAGAUCACCAGAAGGAAUUAAAUUUGUUGAAAGCAGAGAUAGAUCAUGCGAAAAAUAUGAAUAAAGACUUACAACUUGCUAACGAUACACUUUCAGAGAAUAAUUUGCAACAAACCAAGGACCUAGAAAACUUUUCUAAAAAUCAUGAAACGCAGAUGAACGCGUUAUUGGAGGAAGUAAACGCCUUAAAAGAUGAAAACUCAAAAUUACAAUCAUAUAUUAAAACAGAAAAUGGUGACUUAGUUAAAGCUAAACGCGAAUUAGACGACAUACAGAAAAGUCAAGAACGUCUCCUGCUCGAGCUACAUAAUAAAUACGUAAACAUUAUAACGGAGAACAUAAAAAAGUUUCAAGACUGCGAUAAGCCGUCGGACUUUCAACAUUGCUACUACGAAGAUAGCCCCCAAAUAGCUGAAUUUAGCAAGCAGGUAGAAAAUAUUUUGAAAAUUCUCCUCGACUUCAAAUGUAAGUGUGAGAUGUUGGAGAAGCAAGUAUACGACUUAUCCGAAGAGAAAACUAAAAUUUUAACUGAGAAGAAUCACGAAAUCGAAAAACUGAUACAGAAUUCUGAAAUACUAAGCCAAGAAGUUAUUACCAAGACCGAGACUAUUAAAGAUUACGAAAACGAAUGCAACGAGCUAGCAAAGAAUAAUGAACUUCUAAUUAACGAAUUGGGAAAUUACAAAAACAAUUCUGGUCUGCAGACCAUUUCUGAGUCUAACGAGGACAACAUGGUGCUAUUAGAAUCGCAGCUUGAAAAUGCUAAUAAAAGAAUAGAAGAUCUGGAAAAGAUCAUAGACGAUUUCGAAAAUCAACAAAAACAAAUCGCUGAUAUAGAAACCGACCAAAUAGACACUGCUUUGCAGCAGCUAAAUAUCACGGAAACUGAAAUAACCAAGAAGGAGAAAGACUACCAUGAACUUUUAAGUAGUUUCGAUCAGCUUCAAAUAGAAUACGAAUCCUUGAAGUCGGACUUUGACAAUGCCAGAGAGAACCUCGUACUUGCAGUCGAAGAAAACCAGAACCUAAAAUCUAAUGUAGAGAAAAUAAAAGUGGAUUAUGAAAACACUGAGUAUCAACUAAGCGAGGUGAAUGUCAGUAUUGAUGGUUUAAAUGAAGAAAUAGAAGCUUAUAAAAAGAAACUGGACUUACUGGCCAAAGAAAAUGAUCAGAUACGAACAUUGUAUGAAGAAAGUUGUAAAAAUUGUGAGGAUAUUAAAACGGAAUUAUUUAUUUUCAAAGAAAAGCUUUUAGAAGAGGAAGACAGUAGAAAACGAUUUGAAAUACAAGUGAGGACCUUAACUGAAAAAUUACAAAACGCGAAAAUGGCCGAAACUAGUUUGAAGCUUCAGUAUGACACCGUUAGUAAAGAAGUUAUGGCCUUAUCCGAGACAAAACAUAAUUUAGAGGUGUCUUUGAAAAAAGUGAAUACAGAAUUGGGGCAAUUCGAGACCUCUUACGUAGAGUUGCAGAGGCAGAACAACAAGCUCAUCGAAGAACAUGAGAUACUCAAAAUUCACAAUGCAAAGAGGGAAGAGCAAAUAAAAAAUUUCGAAGCUCUCGUCGAAGAUCUUCAAACUAAGCUGGAAAAAUAUGAAAAACUAGCGAUAGACGAAAAUGGGGACCUGUUAAAAAAGUUGUCUCUCGAAGAUAACUUUAGAGUUAUGGAAGGCCUGAAAAAGUACGAAAAUUUGGCCAUGGAGGAAAAUCAACAGAUUUUUAAGAAUAUGUCGAUGACGGAUAAGGAAACUUCUACCAAUAAUAUGGACGUAGACGUAAGGGAAAGCAGUAGUAAGGAAUUUGAAGAACUGAAGCAGCGAGAAGCUUCUCUCCAUCAGCAGCUACAAGAAAUUACGAAUUCUAGAAACGAAUUAAUAAAUAUCGUCACGACAAAGCACCAAGAAAGUGUGGCAUAUCACAAUGAAAUCCAACGCAUUUCCCAGUUUUUAAACAUGGAAACACAAAAAUGCAAGAACCUGGAAUUGGAACUAAAUCAGUUGAAAAGCAGCCCGAGACCUGACGAAGUCGAUGCGAAAAAUCAAGAAAUUGAGAAGCUCAUCGAUCAAAACAACUUUUUGAAAGAGAAAUGCGAAAUUAUGGCAAAGAAUCUACUAGAAGAACAGUCGAAAGUCCAACAGCUGUUGGGGGAAAAGUCCAAUCCUUCCGAAAAAGAAAUCACCUUGCAGAAGAAAGUAGACAGACUUCAAACUCAUUUAAUCGAACUGGAGGAGCACUACACUCAAGAGUUGUUACAAGCAGAGCAGAAAAACGCCGAGCUACAGGAAAAGGUUAACGAGAUAGAAGAAAGAGAAAAGAGUUCCAGUACCAUGUAUACUUCCGUUAGCAUUCGAGCUAACCAGCAAGUGGAGUCGCUCCAAAGUCAGCUUCAGGCUGUUAUGAACGAACGAGACUCGCUGAGAAAUAAAAUAUCCGACGCGGAAGACCUCAACAACAAGCAUGUCGCGGCUUUGACAAAUCUGCAGUUCGUUUUGGAACAGUUUCAAAAAGAUAAGGAGAAGGACGUUAUGAAAGAAACUGAGAGGAUCAGACGACAAAUAAACGCGGAGAAGAAAGUUCAGGACGAUCUAAAAAGGGAAAUAGCCAGUUUAAAGUCGCAGUUGGAGGAGAGCAAGCAAGGGUUGCAGGCAGCUUCGCGUCUGUCCGAUCAGUUGGAUAACUCAAAAAAACUUGUUAGCGCACUGAAAGAGGAAGCUUCGCAGCUGCAGGAAAAGCUAUCGAAAAGCGAGGAGAACCUGAAAAAGGCCACGAGUCAAACAGACGGGAAAAUUGAGAAAUCCCUCAUAAAAAGUCUGAUAAUUGGGCUCGUGUCGUCUAAUAACAACUUAAACAAGGACCAACGGCAGAUUCUAAAAAUUAUCGCCACCGUCUUGGACUUCAAUCAACAAGAUCACGAUAAAGUCUCGUUAAACGCGUCUCGACAAGAGUCUUGGUUGGGUUCGUUGCUGGCACCGCAAUCUUCCAGUCAAGAAACCUUGUCUCGGGCGUUUAUCGAGUUUUUAGAAAACGAGUCGAAGCCAAGGGUUGUCCCUAGUUUAUUGAAUGCUUCCGAAACGGAAAAAUCCGAACCUAACGGCAAACCGUCUACGCCUCGACAGUCGCCUAUCGUUUUAAGUGAAAUCGUUUUGCCCACCUUCGAUGAUUUCCCUCAAAGUAGAAAUUCUAGUUCGAUACUGAAAGAUGUUUUAAAGAAUAAUAACAGCUAAAUCGUAUAUCUGACUAUUAUAUUUAUUCAUUUAUUAUUGUAUUAUAUUGUCUAUUU